AUGGCCCCUAUCUCCAUCGCAGACAUCGUGGCGGCCCUCCCCGCAGAGGACACCUGGGGUCCUGCCACCGCGGCGGACAACAUGCUUGAGGGAGUCCCAUAUGCUCCCUUCUCCAAGGGAGACAAGCUAGGCCGUAUGGCUGAUUGGACCGCUGACUCUAAGGACCGUGAUCGUGGCGGUCGUCAACAAUACAACCGCAGCUACAGAGACCAACAAGUCUACGGUGCUGGUUCCUCUAGCCUGUUCGCCGUCCAGGUUGCCGAAGAUGAAUCGUCUUUCUCCGUCGUUGACAACACUCGCACUUCCGGAAAGCGUACUUUCGGUCGGGGUGGUGGCACUGUCUUCCGUGGCCGUGGCCAGCGCGGCGGUGUUGGACAGAGGGGAGGCCGUGCUGGCUUCCAGCGCGUUGGUGCCGGUCGUGGCCAAGGUGGUGACCGCUACUACGAUAACCGUGGUGGACGCGGCAAUCGGGGUCGCCGCUUCGGAUGGAAGGACUACGACAAGCCGCAGAGGACUCGUGAGCCAUCGGUCAAUAUUCGCCCAGAUUGGUCAAUGCUGGAGGAGGUGGACUUCAACCGCCUGUCUAAGCUGAACCUGCAGGCACCUGAUGGUGAAGAUAUCGACAAGUACGGUUUCCUCCACUACUACGACCGUUCUUACGACAAGGCCCCUGUCAAGAACGCCGAGCGUCGCCUGCAGUCUCUCGACCGGGCUGCGUACAACGUCACCACUUCGCAAGAUCCCGUCAUCCAGGAAUUGGCCGAGAAGAACGAGGCCACCAUCUUCGCCACCUCCGACAUCCUCUCCUUGCUUAUGUGCGCUCCCCGCAGUGUGUACUCGUGGGAUAUUGUCAUCGUCCACCAGGGCAACAAGAUCUACUUCGACAAGCGCGAGGGCGCAUCGUUGGAUUUGGUCACUGUCAAUGAGAACGCCGCUGAUGCUCCCUUGGAGGCCGCCGAAGCCUCUGGCAAGCAGGAUGCUAUCAACACCCCCAACGCUCUCGCCAUGGAAGCCACAUUCAUCAACCACAACUUUGCCCUUCAGACCGUUACGGAGUCUAACACCGCAAAGGUUGAAUUCAGCCACCCCAACCCCUUCUACAAUGCCGACGAGGAGACCGAGCCUCUUGCCUCGAAGGGUUACAAGUACCGCCGCUUUAACCUUUCUCUGGAGGGUGAUGAAGAGCCUCUCAACUUGGUCGUCCGUGCCGAGGUUGACGCGGUGCUCAAGAACCCCACUGGUGGUGAAGACCAGCAAUUGAUCAUCAAGGCUCUCAACGAGUUUGACAGCAAGGCCCAAGGCUCCGGUGGAUCGCUCGACUGGCGUAGCAAGCUUUACUCUCAACGUGGUGCCGUCAUCGCCACUGAGAUGAAGAACAACAGCAGCAAGCUUGCCCGCUGGACCACCCAGGCUAUCCUUGCCAAGGCCGACGGCAUGAAGCUCGGUUUCGUGUCUCGUGCUAACCCCCGUUCUGCUGCCGGCCACGUUGUCUUGGGCGUUGCGGGAUACAAGCCUCGUGAGUUCGCUGCACAAAUGAACCUCAACCUAGGAAAUGGGUGGGGUAUUGUCCGCACGAUCGUCGACCGUAUCCGCGCUCUUGAUGCAGGUGAUGACGAGGACAAGGUCAACAAGUACAUCUUGAUCAAGGAUCCCAACCGCCCUGUUCUCCGCCUGUACAGCAUUCCUACCACUACAUUCGAGGAAGACGAGGAAGCCGAGGAGGAGCAGCAGGAGACUAAGGCUGAGGACGAGGAGGAGGCAUGA